CUCGACCUAGAAGUUAAACCAACUUAGCUUGGCAUCGAUCAAAUUCAAUCGUCCAUUGAAUUUGAUACGAUCGGUCGCGUCUCUUCCUUUUCCGAUCCUCACAGUAUCGUCCGCAAGGAUUAACCACGCACACAUACGCACCGCAAAGGAUUACCCACGCACCCGGGAUUAUUGCAACUGCCGUUUGUAGCAGUCCGAAAGUGUACACCAUGAGAAGUGCACUGUUCGUUUUGGCGCUUUGCGCUGUGGCGGUGGCCACCGCAUCGGCCGACACCCAUGAGCGCAAGACUCGUGCCGCCGAGGGAUACUUCUACCCCCAACCCCAGGUGCCAUUCGAUCUGCCCGUGCGCACCACCCAGCCUCCCACGAGGCCGCCAACGCGCCCACCCACUAGGCCACCCACUCGCCCGCCGACGCGUCCACCGCCUACAUACCUGCCGCCCACCAACAAGCCACCACCACCGGCCACCACCCGUCUGCCCCCACCACCACCACCACCAAGGACUCCUCCUCCAACGAGGCCCCCAACCAGGCCACCAACCACCCGUCCCCCGGCAACCUACCUGCCACCCACCAACAAGCCCCCAGCACCAGUGACCACUCGUCGCCCAACGCCACCACCACCACCAAGGACUCCUCCGCCAACCAGGCCGCCAACUCGUCCCCCAACUCAGCCCCCAACUCGUCCACCAGCAACCUACCUGCCGCCCACCAACAAGCCACCAGCACCAGUGACCACCCGUCGCCCGACGCCGCCACCAACCAGGCCACCGACCCGCGCCUCGACUCCGGCUCCGACCUACUUGCCGCCCACCAACAAGCCACCACCACCGGCUACCACCCGCGCCACUGUUCGCACCACCAUCCGCACCACUCCUCGCCCGACGCUGCCUCCCACCAGGCCGCCAACGCGCCCACCAACCACCUAUCUGCCGCCCGUGACUGUGCGCACCACCCGUGCCACCCCACCACCAACUAGGCCCCCAACCAGGCCACCAACCACCUACCUGCCGCCCGUGACUGUGCGCACCACCCGGUACACCCCACCCCCGACUAGGCCACCAACCUACCCACCGACCACUCGUCGUCUAACCACCCCGGCUCCUACCUACCUGCCGCCCACCAACAAGCCACCACCACCGGCCACCACUAGGGCUACAGUUCGCACCACCAUCCGCACCACUCCCCGCCCUACUCUGCCUCCUACCAGGCCACCAACUCGUCCACCAACCACUUACUUGCCCCCCGUGACCGUGCGCACCACCCGGUACACUCCACCCCCAACUAGGCCACCAACCAGGCCACCAACCACCUAUCUUCCUCCCGUGACUGUGCGCACCACCCGUGCCACUCCACCACCAACCCGCCCACCAACCAGGCCCCCAACCCGUGCAUCCACUCCCGCUCCCACUUACCUGCCUCCCACCAACAAGCCACCACCACCGGCUACCACCCGCGCCACUGUUCGCACCACCAUCCGCACCACUCCCCGCCCUACUCUGCCUCCUACAAGGCCACCAACUCGCCCACCAACCACUUACUUGCCUCCCGUGACCGUGCGCACCACCCGUGCCACUCCACCACCAACUAGGCCACCAACCAGGCCACCAACCACCUAUCUUCCUCCCGUGACUGUGCGCACCACCCGUGCCACUCCACCACCAACUCGUCCCCCAACCCGUCCCCCAACCUACCCACCGACCACCCGUCGCCUAACCACCCCAGCUCCUACUUACCUGCCCCCCACCAACAAGCCACCACCACCGGCCACCACUCGUGCCACCGUUCGCACCACCAUCCGCACCACUCCCCGCCCCACUCUGCCUCCUACCAGGCCACCAACUCGCCCACCAACCACUUACUUGCCUCCCGUGACUGUGCGCACCACCCGGUACACACCACCCCCAACUAGGCCACCAACCCGUGCAUCCACUCCCGCACCCACUUACUUGCCACCCACCAACAAGCCACCACCACCGGCUACCACCCGCGCCACUGUUCGCACCACCAUCCGCACCACUCCUCGUCCCACUCUGCCUCCUACCAGGCCACCAACUCGUCCCCCAACCACUUACUUGCCCCCCGUGACCGUGCGCACCACCCGGUACACCCCACCCCCAACUAGGCCCCCAACCAGGCCACCAACCACCUAUCUUCCUCCCGUGACUGUGCGCACCACCCGGGCCACUCCACCACCAACUCGUCCCCCAACCCGUCCCCCAACCUACCCACCGACUACUCGUCGCCUAACCACCCCAGCUCCCACUUACCUGCCACCCACCAACAAGCCACCACCACCGGCCACCACUCGUGCCACCGUUCGCACCACCAUCCGCACCACUCCCCGCCCCACUCUGCCUCCCACGAGGCCCCCAACUCGCCCACCAACCACCUAUCUGCCUCCCCCAACUGUGCGCACCACCCGCCCUCCUCCACCACCCACUCGCCCCCCAACCCGUCCCCCAACCACUUACCUGCCCCCCGUGACUGUACGCACCACCCGUCCACCCCCUCCCCCCACUCGUAGGACCACCGUGUACGUGCCACCACCGACCGUGCGCACCACCGUGUACGUCCCACCCCCACCCACCAAGCACCAGGGCUACCAGUACCCAGUGCCCAACAUCCCAUUCAACUUCUAGAGAUCUAGAGAUGAUCCGGGAUAGGGCCUUCGUCUAGGGCUAGAUUGAUCUAGUCAAUACUCGUACAGUCUAACGUUACACGAUUCCGCCGCUAGCGGUGCUUGGACGACACUUGUUUGUUUUUAUUUUAUUUUUGUAAUUAAUGAAUCGCAUACUCAUACAGAUAGGGAUCAUUGUCUAUGUGUGCCCCAAUUGUACAGCUAACAGUCUAUCCAACUCUUGCUAUGUUCUACCACUAUGCUACGAUCGAAGGGCGGCCGUCGUCUGUGACGCUCGCCAGCUCAAGACUAUAUAGCUCUAUAUUACGAUUAAAUAAACCUUUUAUUCGGAUCGCUGAAACCUGAACAAUAAAAUAAGUUUUUCGAAUA